CGAUCUGCGGGCUGCAGCCAGGGGCGUCGGUGACGUUAUCACGUUGUGUCACUUCCGGUACGCGCACGGUCCGUUUCUGCAAAUCGUCCGCUGUUCUGGUUCAGAAGGCCAAAUAGCGACAUUUCGCUUUGAAUACGGGAUGGCAGCAACGUUGCGUUUACUGUACUCCGUGUCAAGACCAGGCACUUCUGUGGCCAGCCAGAAUCUAGUGAGGUCCUUCAGUGUGUCUACACAAAGGCAAGGAUUCAAGUAUGUGAACGCUCAGGAGAUGCCCACAGACAUGAAGUCCAUCACAGACCGAGCAGCUCAGACACUGCUGUGGACGGAGCUGUUCAGAGGUCUGGGCAUGACGAUGAGCUACCUGUUCAGAGAGCCCGCCACCAUCAACUACCCGUUUGAGAAGGGGCCGCUGUCACCACGCUUCAGAGGAGAACACGCCCUGCGCAGGUACCCUUCAGGGGAGGAGCGGUGCAUUGCCUGCAAGCUGUGUGAAGCUAUCUGCCCUGCCCAGGCCAUCACAAUCGAAGCAGAGACUCGUGCUGAUGGCAGCAGGAGGACGACUCGCUACGACAUCGACAUGACCAAAUGUAUCUACUGCGGCUUCUGUCAGGAGGCGUGUCCUGUGGAUGCCAUCGUAGAGGGUCCUAACUUUGAGUUUUCCACCGAAACCCAUGAAGAGCUGCUCUACAACAAGGAGAAGCUCCUCAACAACGGAGACAAGUGGGAACCAGAGAUAGCUGCCAACAUACAAGCUGAUUACCUCUACCGAUAGACACUACACACACACACACACACACACACACACACACACACACACACACACACACACACACACACACAGUGUACAGCAUAACCUCUCUGACGUGCACAUACGUCCAUACUGUACAUACUGUAAGAAGACAGGCUCAGCUGUGAUGGAUGGAACAUAACCAACACUUUUCCUCCUGGUAUGAUGAAUAUACUUUGAUUUUUAUUCUGGCAUUGUUUGGAUGACAUAUUUCUUAUAGAAUGAUGGACACCACCCUGGCUGUCUGGGUGGUGAGUGUACAACAGUCCAGCUGCCUCCAGUGAGAUUCAUGUAAGUCAUGCUGUGGUGGCAGUACUGGUGCUGUACGCUGGUCACAGAUAUUAGACUGCUUUGAUUUUGAUGUCUCACACGUGUACAUGGUUUAUUGUUAUCUUGGGUCUCAGUGCUGUUUCCACCCUGACUCAUACAAUAAAGUUCUGGAAGAGUCACUAAA